GGCUGUGUGGUAAACACGGUGCUCGGUUGCGUCCGUGAGCGCGGGUCUGGCCCUUUCGGGAUUUAUAUGUUUUUACACAUUUAGUCGUUCUAGAAGAGGCUAUUUCUCUCCAACUUCAGCUACAGUGAUAGCUAAGUUUGGAGAGGAGAGAAGGGAAAUAUUCGUGAUUUUGCGCAGGAAAUAUUUGCAGCGAGGAUUUACUUUUCUUCUUCAACCUGAACAAUACAAAGGAAUUUAAAUCCUAAAUAAUAAAACCGAACAAAUACAAUCGAUUUUCAACGCACAAUGGAGAGCGCUGCAUCUAAAAAACCUUGCUGUGAAAGAGUCGGCGAAUUCUUCAAGUCUGCGAAAUUCCUCAUUUACCUCGGACAUGCCCUGUCAACAUGGGGGGAUCGGAUAUGGAAUUUUGCUGUGGCUGUGUUUUUGGUGGAGCUGUAUGGCAAUAGUUUACUCCUCACAGCCGUGUAUGGACUGGUGGUUGCGGGGUCCGUCCUCUUACUGGGCGCUAUUAUUGGUGACUGGGUGGACAAAAACCCCAGACUGAAAGUGGCGCAGACAUCUUUAGUUGUCCAGAACAGUGCUGUCAUUCUUUGUGGUGUCCUUCUGAUGGUCGUUUUCCAGUUUAAAGUACAGCUUACUACCUUGUACAAUGGAUGGUUGCUGACUACAUGCUACAUUAUGGUCAUCACCAUUGCUAACAUCGCUAACCUGGCCAGCACAGCUAUGUCCAUCUCCAUCCAGAGAGACUGGGUUGUGGUUGUGGCUGGAGAUGAUCGGAGCAAAUUGGCAGAUAUGAACGCAACUGUAAGAAUAAUCGACCAGUUAACCAACAUUCUGGCUCCAAUGCUUGUGGGCCAGAUCAUGGCAUUUGGCUCCCAUUUCAUCGGCUGUGGUUUUAUCUCGGGCUGGAACCUGUUCUCCAUGUGCUUGGAGUACUUCCUGCUUUGGAAAGUUUAUCAGAAGACUCCAGCACUUGCCUUCAAGGCAGGACAGAAGGACGCUGAUGACCAAGAGCUGAAGCAUCUGAACGUACAAAAAGAGACUGGAAAUAGUGAAAACCCAGUUGAAGGCUCCCAGUUGAUGAAUGAAACCGCUGAGGUGAAGAAGAACACCAGUUGCUGCUACCAAAUGACAGAACCCAUCCGCACCUUUAAGGAUGGCUGGGUGGCCUACUACAACCAGUCCAUCUUCUUUGCUGGAAUGUCUCUGGCUUUCCUCUACAUGACCGUUCUGGGCUUCGACUGCAUCACCACGGGCUACGCUUACACUCAGGGCCUGAACGGCUCCGUGCUCAGUCUCCUCAUGGGAGCUUCAGCUAUAUCUGGAAUCUGUGGAACGGUGGCCUUCACCUGGAUCAGAAAGAAGUGUGGCCUGAUCAGAACCGGCUUCAUCGCUGGAGUCGCCCAACUGUCUUGCCUCAUGCUCUGUGUAGCAUCUGUCUUUGCUCCUGGCAGCCCUUUUGACCUCAGCGUCUCGCCCUUCGACGAGGUCUUGAAACAUCUGUUUGGAGACAGCGGCUCGCUGCGUGAGAGUCCUACUCUUGUUCCUACGAUUGAACCGCAGAUCCAGAUCAAUGCCACUGUUUUUGAGGAAGCCCCACAAGUAGAGUCCUACAUCUCAGUCUGUCUUCUUUUUGCUGGUGUCAUUGCUGCUAGAAUUGGUCUUUGGUCCUUUGAUUUGACCGUGACCCAACUGAUCCAAGAGAAUGUGAUUGAAUCCGAGAGAGGCAUCAUCAACGGUGUCCAGAACUCCAUGAACUAUCUUCUUGAUCUCCUACACUUCAUCAUGGUCAUCCUUGCACCAAAUCCAGAGGCCUUUGGCCUUCUCGUGAUCAUCUCGGUUUCCUUCGUUGCGAUGGGACAUAUGAUGUAUUUCAGGUUUGCCUAUAAAAGCCUCCGGAGUCGACUCUUCCUGUUCUGUUCACCCGAGCAGAAGCCUGAUCCCAAUAUUCCCUCACUUCCAAACUCCGUAUAACACUUAAAGAGAUCGUAGGCCAAUUUCUACUAGAGUAUCGCAUGCGGUGUUAUUCGAGAACCUCGUCAGGAACCCGUUCCAUCUGUUUUACUAACAUGCAUGCUUUUGCUGCUUGCAGCGCUUGUGCAUUGAGUACAUAGUCUUUUCCAUUAGCUAAAAUAACAAAGGCAAGAAGGAUCUCUCCUUAGUGUAGCUUAGAAUAGAAAUAUGUCAAAAAAGCAUGCAGUACUUCCCUCUAUCAUACUUUUUGUUCAAGGUGCUGUAAAAUUGCCUGAGAACUUAUCACAGGGGGAACAUACAAACACGAACUCUGGUUCUUAUGGACUAUACAUGCUUUAAUUACUUUUGUAAAAGCUCCAAAGCAAAAAUGGGCAUAUUUAUUCUACUUUUACAUAUUUUAUUAGUUUUUCGACUUUAUGGUUGCAGUUAACCUUCAGACUAGUUUUGCAACACGCUUUACUUAAGAUAGUGUAGUUUUUGCCCCUCAAUGCUUUUUGCAAGCCAUGGUUAAAGUCUCUUUAAUAGUUAUUUGGAGUGUGCUAGUUAUUCAUUCAGGUAUACUUGUAUGAUGCUUAUAUAUUUAUAUACAUGUAGUCAGUAUUCUGUAUCUCAGCUUCGGUGGUGCUACAUUGUUAUUAUAACUCCUCUGGAACGCUAUGUAGACAUAUACGGUUUGUACAUGUAACCAAAGUGGAUUUUUUUUUUCACCACGUGGAAGUGAGGGAAAUGCAGUGGUUCCUUGUGUUAGACAUUCCGAAUAUUAUUGGUGUGAGAUUUAGGCCCUGAUACACUCGCCCCAUUGCAACUAGAGUUUUUAGUACUACAUUUGUUUUUGUCUUGUUUGAUUUGAAAGUGAUUUCAGCACAUAAUUCUUGUUUUUACAAAGAUUGUUACACAAGCACUUUACAUGAUUACAUUUUGUCCAUUACAAAAUAAGCGCAACAAGACACUUCAGGUAUUAACAUUUUUGCACAAAAUAGUAGCAGUUCUGCAUCAAAACUUGGAAUUUUUUUUUUUGAACAAGAUUCUCAUAUCGGUUUCAAAAUUGCAACUAAAAUGGGAUUUUAGAACUAGCUAAUCACCCAAACGCCCUCGUGAGUUUACUGCCCUGUAAGUGACACCACACCUCAGUUUUCCCUUCAUUCAAAUCAUAUGCUAAUCUGAUGUUCCACAGCACAAACUAAACAUUACAGACCUUCCUAUGAGCCACAAAAGCCAAAAUCAUUCAGGUACUAACAUCCUUUUGACAACCACCGCUGGCUCGACAUAUAUAUUUUGUAAUAGUUGUGUAAUAUUGAUGUUGGGCACCAGCGGGAAUCCACCAUAUUCACAGAACAGAGAAGGGAUUAUUAAGUCCAGUGUGGUUUGACUUCUGGUUUGAAGUUCAGCUGGUCACAAACACAGGUGCCAAGAUUUCACUAGUUAAAUAAGCAUUUUUAACUUGUUUCAGGAUUACAUCACGAGGCCCUUGCGAACACAGUCAGUUUUUAAACACUUAAUUGCUUCAGUGCAUACUGUCUGUGUUUCUGUGAAUGUAAAGCCUUAUUUACUUCUGUAAAAUAUUUUUAUAUUCUUGUGUUGACUAGUUUGAUUUGAAUUCAGUUUUGUCCUCCUGUGUAACACCACACAGAAGAUCUUACCCUUGACAAUUACAAAAUGAAACAUUUUGCAAAAAAUUGUACUUAAAACCUAGUUGAAUGUAAUGUAAGAACAAAUGUACAUUAUUUUUUAUGGAAGCAUACUCCUGUUGUGUGGUAUACUUGCAAUAAUUGUGGUUCACACUCCACUGCAGGGGGAAAUAUACAACUCAAGACUUGUACUCCAUCUCACUUCAACCGAAAUAAACAGAUUUGUAUCCAAA